GUCCUUGGAUUCAGAAUUUGGGUCCCAAAAUUCCAAAUAAUCAAGAUCACAUCUAUUAAUCAUGGGGUCGGUUGAGCCGAUGUCGCGGGCAGGUGUGGCCCUGGAUCUGAUAUUAAAGACUCUGAUUGCCUCACAAGACUUCAACAACAUACAGAGCAAGAAUUGGGAGGCAAUCUCAAAACUUGUGCCUGGAACCACUGCUGGCAUGGUUGCCAGGAGAUAUGAGGAGCUACUGUACAGUGGGGACAUUCUGCCUUUUGAGCAGUUUGAGAAAACCAUCAAUGGCCAGGGAGGUUCCUUGCCUUCAACUAUGUCAGACUCAGACCUAGCUAAAAACAGACCCAACUCUUCAAAGCCUAAAGGUCUGAAGGAUGACAAAGACGCUGGGGGUAAAGACAGUAACAGUGACAGCAAAAGUGGUGAUAAGGGUCCAGUGAUGGUUAUACAUGUGUGUGAUGAAGCAAAGAGCUUGAAGAAAGAUUUCCAGUGUCCGCGCGACCAGCUGGUUCAGGAAAUGAAGUAUUUCGCAGAGUACCUGUCCACUGACGCCCAACGAUGGGAGGAGGUCGAUAUCUCAGUGCAUUGUGACGUGCAGAUAUUCGAGUGGCUUAUGCACUACGUUAAACGAAGUGACCAUGGUGAUAAACCUAAACUUGAGCCAAACAAUGUGAUAUCAAUCCUGAUAUCUUCCGACUUCUUGAAAAUGGAUGCACUGGUUCAGGAGUGUAUAGAAUAUUGCCAUGGCAACAUGACAGCGAUUGUGGGCACCCCGUGUAACAUGAACUGUAUCAAUGAUAAACUGGUGGCCAGAAUCGCUGAUCUUUUUACCCACAAUGAGGCUGAUGAAAUCAAAGACAGAAAAGACAAAUUUAAAAGCAAACUGUUUGCCAAGAAGCUGGAACGACUGUUUGAAGCUGACUUUACAAACCAGGACUGCCCUGAGAAUGCUUCUACACUCUUUAGGUGUUCUGUGUGUAAGAAGAUGCUAACAAGGACCUUGGAAUCCAAAGUCAAAUGUAUGCCAAGCAGGAUGACGAUAGACAAGCGAGGUCAGCUGACAUUCUGCCAUGUGCGAGAUACAACAUUUGAUGUGAAUGCAUAUCUGAUUGAUCUGAAGACGCAGCUGAAGUCAUGGAGGGAGGUAUACUGGCGAGUCUGGGGCACAAUUCACUACCAGACAUGUAGCAGAUGUGGAGAGGUGUUCACGUGCACAGACUACGGACACUGCAAGUACCAUCCCGAGGCUCCGCGCUACGAUAAUGAAAUGAGUGAUACGUCGUUUGUCGGCACAUACCCUUGCUGUCACCAGAAGAGCCUGCGGUUUGAUCCAACCCAACAAAAUAAGGGCUGCAGAGUACGCGAUCAUAUCGUAAACACAGCUCAGAAUCUCGACAGCGACACAGACCUUCAACGUCAGCUUAACAAAGUUUACGACGAUCUUCUAGCGCACAGGGACGCUAUCAGUGUCCCAUAUCAAAGACUGACAGAUGCCAGUAGGAAGUAUUGGGAUUGGAUGGCUCGCGAGAUGGAGCUGAAUGUCUUCGGAAAUGAAGAGUUUGCCUCAAGGUCAAGGUCAGGGGGUGUGGCCAUUUCGUCUAUUAUAUCUGGCAUCGAGGAUGACAACAAGGCCACAGAUUCUGCUAGGCCUGUGCCCAGAUUACAAGCUCUUACUGUGGACCGUGAAGUCUCAUUUGAGUUCAAUGAUGUCGGGCUAGGUGAGAGCGAUGACGAGGUUGGGGAUGAUGAGCAGCCCCGUGGGACAGCACGCAAGGGGCGGGGCUUCCGGAAGUCUCGCAUAACCAUUGAACCGCAGGCAAUCCUUAUGGAUGCCCCAGGAUUUGAGCAAACUAAGAAAUCCAAUUGGGAUAUUUCACGAUCAAUGAGGUACAACCAGGAUGCCCAGAGGACGGAAGAUUUAAGACGGAUGAAAGAGAUAAGGGUAUACCUUACAAAACUGAGGCUGAAUCAGGAGAAGAUUGAAAGACCAAGACAGAGAGAGUAUGCUGGUGGUGUAUUCUGUAAACUGGAAGCCCAAUGGAAGACCCAGUAUAUGCAACAGCAGGCAGCCAAGCAGCAAGCCCAGGCUCAGCUCAGACUCAGUCGCAGCAAUACGUACCACACUCAGUCAUCGCGUCGCGAGAGGCGCGCCGUGUCAGGCGUGUAGCGACCCAGAAACCGUUCAAGGCUGACGCAACUUCGAACAUCGUUGGCUUGAUGCGACAAUGGCUUGAUUCGACAUUCAAAUUUGGCUUGAUUUGAUAUUAGCUUUGUUCAACAGUGGCUUUAUGAGACAUAUACUCAAUAUAUUGGCUUGAUUCAACAUUAUCUUGAUUUGACAUUGGCUUGAUUUGAUAUAAACUUGAUGUGUUGGCUUGAUGCCACAUUUGCUUGAAAUGUUGUUGCAACAAAGAGCUUGAAGUCAUAUAUUUUUGGCUGAACUUUGGCAUGAACGGGUGUUGGGAUUUUUCCGAAACAUUAUUCUGAUUGCAUUUUGUGAUAAAAUUAUAUUCUUAACACUAUUCAAUUUUUUAAAUGCAUGCAUUAAAUAAUAGCAUUUAGUGAUUAAAGUUUUUACUGAAUGCUGUUCAAUUUACAAAAACAUGUCGUUUUUCAAAAAGGGGAAAACUAAACAAAAAAUUCAAAUGAAUUUUGUCCUUUUAUAAAAAAAUUGUUCUUUAGUAUUGCUGUUUUUUAAUCAACACAAAGUAUUUUUUAUGAAUUUUCAUGUGUUAUUUAUAAUGAAUUUGUUUAUGUAUAUGCUUCAAUGUUUUAAACAAUGCACACACUUCAAAAAAGUACAAAGAUAACCAAAUAUUGAAUGUUUGUACAAAUGUAUGCAUAUGAGCUAAUAUUUCAUUUGAGCAGAUGACGUCACUAAUCAUCUCAGUUUCCUUUUUAUUUCAAUAUAUGGGAAAAAAGUAAUAAAUAAAAUGCACCAUUUUGGACUAGAAAUUGUGAAUUUUUUCUUUGAGGAAAACCCCCAACCCCCCAUACCAAUAUUGUAAACAAUAACAUUUUUGUUCUGGGGGAGAUGCGCAAGCUAAAAGGUUAAGCCCCUUAAGUUAUGCCCCGUCUAAGGUCAAAUCCUGGAAAUGCACCUGGAAGUAAAUGAAAAAUAUGAACUACUGUUGUUGUUUUGUUUGAUAUUCUGCAUUUAGCCUGAUGUACUCUUCAUUGAUAAAAAGGUCACGUUCAGCUAAAACAUUGUUCAAAAUAGUUUUGUUACUUAAAUGUCAUAUCAUUAAAUGCUAUUGCUGUAACAAAAAUGAAAGUGUGGAAUAAUUCAUAGAUUUCAACAACUAUAUUUAAGUAAUAGGAAACAUAUAUAGCAUUUAGGUAAGUUUAUUUAAUAUAUUCUUUCUUCUAUGAUUGCUUUUGAAACUUGCCUAUACAUUUAAUCUCCUGUGUUAGAUAUAUUUAUGUAUUUAUAAAACAAAUAAAACAUAUGCCCAAAUUGAAUAUUAGGUUAUAAUUUAUAUGGUAUACAUUUGUUUUGCAUAAUGGAAGCACAUUUGUACUAUGAUUGUUUUUAAACCUUCCUGAAUAUUUCAUCCACUGUGUUACAUGAAGGACAUAAUUAUAUAUUUUACACUAUAUUUUAAAAAAACCCUCAUAUCUGCCCAUACAAAAUAUUAGCUCAUAUUCGGUAGACAGAUAUGUUGCAUAACAGAGCCUAGUCCUUACAAAUUAUUACCAGACAUGAAUUUUAUUGUUCUGUAAAGCAAUUUGUAUAUGUUUUAGUAUUUAUUAUGCUAUUAUAUCUCUAAAUAUUAAUUUUAUACAUUUAGGAUGUACAGGUUUCUGAAUUGCUUGUAAAAUCUGAUUUACUUCUGUUAGAAAAAACAACCCCAUCCUUACAAAUUAUUACCAGUCAUGAUUUUAGUGUUCUGUUAAGCAUGUUAUAUGAGUUUUAGUAUUUUGAAUUGCUAUUUUAUCACCAAUUAUUAAUAUUAUAUAUUUAAAGCUGCACUCUCACAAAUUGACCGAUUUGACUACUUUUUCAUUGUUUGUCUCAGAAUCAGCUGAUGUUGUCAUCAGUGUUUUCCCAUCAAUCAAAUAGGAUAACACACAAUAGAACAGAUCUCAAUUGAUUGGAAAACUGCCAAAAUUUUCAUUUUUCUUAAAGCAUAAGUAACGCUUUUAGCCGUAAAACAUCAAUUUUCAAGCGUAAAUAUUAAAAAUACCGAUCUGAUCUAUUAUCAGCAGUGUUAUGUUGACGGUUUUUAGACAAUUACCCAAAAUUUGGGUCAUUCCAAGACAAAAAAAUAAAAAGUUGUAAAAACGGUCAAUCUGUGAGAGUGCAGCUUUAAGAUGAAUUACAUAAUUUUGACUUACAUUUGUAGGAGAGGAGUUCAUUGAUAAUGGCCAUGGUUUUAUAGGACACUUAAUAAGUGUAUAAUGAGGUCAUAUUAUCAUCAAUCAUGAAUUUCAGUUUAAAGCUGCCCUCUCACAGAUUGACAGUUUUGACAACUUUU